AUGUGUGAUCAGCAGAAGCAGCCCCAGACCUUCCCUGCUCCCGUAGCUCAAGUGAAAGGGGUUGGGCCCGGUCCUGUUCAAGUGACCAAGUGCCCGGCGCCUAAUCCGAUCGAAGCCCUCGUGAAGUGCCCACCGCCGUGCCCGGCUCAAACUUACGUGAAAUGCCCACCGCCCUGCCCGACGCAAACGUUGAAGUGCCCUCCGCCGUGCCCGACUCAAACCUACGUGAAAUGCCCUCCACCGUGCCCGACUCAAACCUACGUGAAAUGCCCGCCGCCGUGCGUGACUCAAAACAUCGUGAAAUGCCCACCGCCGUGCCAGACUCAAACGUGCUACGUCCAGUGCCCGGCACCGUGCCCUCCUAAGUGCCCGCCGCCGUGCCCCAUCCAAAAAUACUACGUCCAGUGCCCGCCGCCGUGCCAGGUGCCAACGUGCUACAUCCAGCGCCCGAGUCAGACAUACUACGUGCCGCAGCGCCCGGCCUGGCGCCCGGCUCCUCAGUAUUGCCCGCCGCCGUGCCCUCGCCCGUGCCCUCGCCCGUGCCCUCGCCCGUGCCCUCGCCCGUGCCCUCGCCCUCGCCCGGCGGCCCCGAGCUGCUGCCCUUCCUCCUCCAAUUGCUGUAACCUGGCACCUUGCAGUUUCGGCAUCCGCCCCCUGCGCCGCUGGGUGCGCGGCCCCGAAUGCUGCGAUAAUAGCUGCGGUGGGUACGGGGACGAAUGCGAAGACUCGGGCUGCUGCCUGGGUAUCAUUCCCAUGCGUGCCAGCGGGCCGGCCUGCUGCGGGGAUGAAUGCUGA